GAGUGCAGGGUGUGGCAAUACUAGCGGAUCCGGUUUGGCAUCUCAUUUGAGCAGGAUGGUGAAUGAAAACAUACAAGACCAAAAAACAGGUUGCAUCUCAGAACUAAGAAAAAAAACACCAGCACCACAGUGCUUGUUGUUAUGGAAUGUACUUGGCAGAGGAACUUAUCAUUCGUCAUUACUGUAUCUCUUCUCAUUACCUGCCUGCUGGUGUCAGUCAUUAUAUAUCUUCUGCCCCAUUGCCAGUGUGUUUCUGGAAAGAAUUCGACACAGGCCUGCGACUCCGGGGAACGCGGCUGCAAUACAAAACCCAUUGUAUUGACUGAUGUGGUCGUUUUCGAGACAAUGGCAUCCCAUACAAACUUCAGUCAGGCUUGGAGCAAUGCGGAAGAAAAAGCUCGGAGGCCAGCGCACGCAUAUGUUGAGAAACGACAUGCUGUGGCCAUAUACAUGUAUACAAAGUCUAUGCUGAAGCAUUCCAACAAUAAAGUACACACUGUGUAUGUAAGUGGACAACAAACACGCAAAGAUGAGACCAUUCAUAUGGUUCAAAGCUUUUUUUGUGAACCCAUUCAGGUUUUAAAACACAGUCAGCCAACAUGUCUCAAAACCAUCUUCCGAACACAAAUGCAUCGACAGGUUGACGUUUCAAACAAGCAAGUCUGGUUUUGUUCCUUUACUUGAGCUUCUGACUAAAGGAGUCUUGAAAGGAGCUGCACCGGUUUUAAAGUGAAUACUUGUUUUGGUGCCGACAUAACCCAUCACUCAGCGUUGGAAACAAAUCAUCAGGUGCUUAUUCCUCCAUAUGAAGUCUUCAAAGUGUUUUGUGUUCACAUUGAUGUCACAGAGGACUGCAACCUCAACUGCAUAUAUGACGUAAAUAGGAAGCUGUUACAUCCGAUAUGUGCAUCAUCGGCGGAAGGAUUGUGAUGCAUUGUCAUUGUCACUUUUGUGAGUUUCUUAUGUCCAACCAGUAACCCGCUAUCAUGCUUGACGUCAUAAAAACACCAUGAUCUAAAAUAAAUUUCAUUUCCCAAAACAAUUUUG